AUGACACAAGAGAGUUGCCAGUACUUAGGCAGACUCCUCCCACCUAAGCUUCAAGACCCAGGAAGCUUCACCAUUCCUUGCAUUAUAGGAGACGCGUACCAAGGGAAAGCCUUGUGCGAUUUAGGGGCCAGCAUCAAUCUUAUGCCCCUAUCUGUCUUCAAACAAUUAUCCACUGGACCAGCUAAACCCACCACGGUGACUUUGCAAAUGGCAGACAGAUCCAUUGUCAAGCCAGAAGGGAAGAUUGAAGAUCUGCUAGUCAAAGUAGACAAAUUUAUCUUACCCGCUGACUUCAUCAUUCUGGAUUAUGAAGCUAACGUUGACGUUCCCAUCAUUCUGGGUAGACCGUUCCUAGCAACUAGAGGAGAAAUUAUCAAUGUACAAAAAGGGGAACUAACCAUGAGAGUUCAUAACGAUGAGAUCAAGUUCAAUAUUGUAAAAGCAAUAAAGUUCCAGGAUGAAGGAGAAAACUUGGAAGAAUGUUCUGCUCUCACUUUGUUAGACAAUCAGCCUAGCAAAAAAACAGAGGAAGAAGAAGAAGAUCCAAAUAGGAAGAGCAGAGCUGCUAUCAGCAAGAAAGAAGGCUUGAACCUUUGA